AUGUUCAGCGCGACGAUGCCGCCGGCACUGGAGCGUUUGGCUCGCAAGUACCUGCGGGCCCCUUCUUACAUUUCUAUUGGAGACCCAGGGGCUGGCAAACGGGCCAUUGAACAGAGAGUUGAAUUUGUGUCUGAGGCCAGAAAGAAACAGAGGCUCCAGGAAGGUUCUUACGACGUGUUGGUGGCUACGGACGUGGCCGGCCGCGGCAUUGACGUGCAGGGGGUGACUCUGGUGGUGAAUUUCGACAUGCCGAAGGAAAUUGAGCAGUACUUACACCGCAUUGGGCGCACGGGGCGCGCGGGAAAGAAGGGAGUUUCGAUUUCUUUUUUGACAGAAGAAGACUCCGGACUUUUUUUCGAUUUGGUCAAAACUAUGAAAAGUGCAAACUGCCAAGUGCCCCUCGAGCUGCUGAGCCAUCCGGCCAGCAAAGUGAAGGGCGGCAACAAAGACUCAGUGCCGCAGAAGCCCAUGCACUUUUACUAA